UGGUUCCUUGAUAAAGCCUUCCAUUUCAAGACUUUGCUGCGUGACUGUGAUUUGACUGUCACGUUCUGUACCGAAUUUCAUGCAGCGGACAUAGCGUGCAGUCGCGAUUAUACUUCCAUGGCCGAGCCAUCCUGGCAAGAGCUCCUCCGCCUCAGACUAUCAGAGCGAAACGCAAAACAAAACGCUUUCGCAUCCAUAAUCGAGCAAUACCGCAGACUCGCUCAACAGACCAAGCUCCUCAAAGAGCGUAAUGCAUCUCUCCUCAAAGCCGUCGGCUCCGUUCGCGCCAACCCAAGCAGCUCGACGGUCCAUGUACCCGGAACAGCAACAAACGAAGAUAAUCCUGUACGCGCAGCGUACAUGGCCUCGCUCGAAUCCCAGAUUUCCUCUCUCCGCGAUGAGCUCGCGACCGUAUACAAGACCCAGGGUCAGAACGCUCAACGCCUGCUAGCCAUGAACGAAACCCUUCGCGAGAAGGAAGAAGCAUCACGUAUCGAGUCUGAGAACCUCCGCAAAGCACGCGAAGAAGUCGCACAUCUGCGCAGGAAGGUUGAUCAGCAUGCAGAACUCAUGGCUGAGAAAGAUCGUACUGCUCAGGUUCUCCAUGAUGAAAUCAAUACUCUGCAGCUUGAACUUGGCCAGAUCGAUGAACGGAAUCAGACACUAACGAAGGAUAAUGCUAAACUCCUUCAACGUUGGCUCGAUGAUAAGCAAGCACAGGCAAACAAGAUGAACGAGGCGAACGACUUCUAUGAAGACAUGCGUUCGCGGCAUCAGGCUGUGCUCAACUGGCGUGAUGGUGGAGAUGGAAAACCAACAUCAGGCAAUGGUACUUCGGUGUCGGGAAAUGGGGUCAAGGAGGGGGAGGCAGUGGGGGAGACAUUGACGGAUGGCACGAAGUUGCAGGGGGAGACGAGCUUGGAUCAGACACCGAAUGGUUGAUUGUGGACGAUGAGUAGAUUCUAAUUCAUGCACAUACUACCCCCUUAUAAUCACAUACCCUUUCUGUCUCACGAAACAUCAGGAUCA